GGUUGUGGGGAGGAGGGAAAAAUACUGUAAACUGACCUGCAACUUUUCAGUCGCAUAACUUAACUGCACGUUGAUUUUUGUUUUAGCAGUCUUCGUCACGGAUCGAGGCAAGUUUGUGUGCACAAUUAGGCUUGCAAAUUACUAAUCUUGCAGUGACUUUGCCUCUCAGUUCCCAGCUGAGCAUGGGUACCUUGAGAGCUGUGGUAUUAGCCCUGUCAGAGCAUGCUCUGGUUGGGAGCUCGGGUGUGUUCUAUUUUUAAUACUAUUUAAUGAAGAUGCUUCUCACUCUGCGAUAUACGAAGCAUAAUGGAAGAGCAGAGUGAUGAUUGGUUAUGGAUACUGGAAAAGGAAAAAUGCAAAGAUUGCCUCAACCUUUAUACAUAUGCAAGGCUUGAGAAGACAAGGUUCAGCAGACAUCCCAAAAUGCUCCUCUUCUGUUUGAUGAGUUAUUCAGCUCGCUAACACAAUUCUGAUGAACAGCAUAUACUGCAUUGCUGAGGCAACGCUUUUUUCAGGUUUACAUUCUGAACUGUAAGCUGGAAGUGUCCUUUUUUCCUCCACGAUGCCUCAAAAGGAAAGGUUUUUUUCUUGUUUGUCGUGGGAUAGGAUUUCUUCCUUUUCCUUCUCUUAUCCUUGAUCGUUUCAACUUUUGCUCAGCUUAUUAAAUCAACAUCUGAAUUCACUGCACUGGUGAAGGAGGUCACUUUCUAAAAGCACUCACCUAGCUUCUUUUUCAAUAUAGUUUGAGUACUGAAACUUUAACUGGAGCUGAAGCUGUAGUUAAAAACCAGACAAGUCCUUUUCGCUCAUGCCCUUAUUGAUUUCUGUUGAAGCAAACAGAUGAGCUUGUAUAUAAAUAUGUAUGCAUGCAUUUUUUUAAUGAAAAGUGCUGGAAUUCACUAAAAAAGGUUAAAAUCGAAGUGAGUAAUCUUCAGUGCAUAAUGCAAUUGUUAAUUUUAGCUCUUUGCGUAGGAGCUGUUAUGACUUGAACAGCCGGCUCUAGCCUUCAUUAGAGAAGAAGCAGGCAGUUUUGAGACAGGUGGAGCUGGAUCAAGCUGUGAAAGUGAUUUGCUUGGAACUGGUUGACAAUGAUCCAUCAAACUCUCUGAAGGACCAGCAUGGAGAUUGGCAUUCUGAACUGUUAGUGGGGACAUGGGACUCACGUUGUCGUUGAUCAUUUGUGAGGACUUACCCAGUGAAGAGCAACAGAAGACGCUAGAAAGGCAGUGGGAAUUAUAGCAGUUUUUCAGGUCACAAAAUCUUGUUACUUUGGUUUCUGUCUGGAAGAAUGUCUGAGCAAGGUAAAUUGAACCAGGAGACAGCAGAGGAAGCUGUGAAAGAGCAAGAGAUUGCCAUCUCCGAAGCAACCUCAGACAACUGUGUCCUCAAUAAAUCUGAAAGCUCAGAAGUAGAGGAAAAGGAGGAGAAGUUGAGCGAUGCCAAGACAGAGCUGCAGGUGUUACUGGCAACAAAAAGUUGUUGUGCAAAGCUUAAGAAGAAACGAGGCGCAAACCAGAACCAGCAGAAAAAGAGAUCUAAGUCAGGAGCUAAAGGAAAACUCGUCCGGAGUCUUGCUGUGUGUGAAGAGUCGUCCCCUCGCCCGGGAGCAGAAGGUCUUCAUGAUAAUCAGGAAUCCAUACAACUACAGCUCUCAAGUUUUCCUAGCUUACAAGAAGAAGAUAAAUCUAGUAAAGAUGACUCCGAGAAAGAAAAAGAGAAGGAUAAAAAUAAAGAUAAAAACAGUGAAAAAAACAAGAUCAGAAUGUUAUCAAAAGAUUGCAGUCAAGAGUAUACAGACUCAACAGGCAUAGAUUUGCAUGAGUUUCUGAUUAACACAUUAAAGAAUAACCCCAGGGACAGAAUGAUACUCUUGAAAAUGGAACAGGAAAUAAUUGAUUUUAUUAGUGACAACAAUAAUCACUAUAAAAAGUUCCCUCAGAUGUCAUCGUAUCAGAGGAUGUUAGUGCACAGAGUGGCAGCUUACUUUGGAAUGGAUCACAAUGUGGAUCAAACUGGAAAAUCUGUAAUUAUCAACAAGACCAGCAAUACAAGAAUACCAGAGCAAAGGUUUUCUGAACAUUUAAAAGAUGAAAAAGGUGAAGAAUCCCAGAAGCGAUUUAUCUUGAAGCGAGAUAACUCUAGUAUUGAUAAAGAAGACAAUCAGCAAAACAGAAUUCUUCCAUUUAGAGAUGACAGACGAAGUAAAUCAAUUGAAGAGAGAGAAGAGGAGUAUCAGAGAGUGAGGGAGAGAAUAUUUGCACAAGAUUCAGUUUGCUCCCAGGAAAACCUUUUUGUGGAAAACAGUAGGCUGUUGGAAGACAGUAGUGUAUGCAGUGACACCCAUAAGAAAAGACAGCUGUUUAGGGGUAACAGAGAUAGCACAGGGAAGGCAUCUGGCAGUCGGCAGAGCAGUACGGAGAAUGAAUUGAAGUGGACAGACCACCAGAGGCCAUGGAGCAGCACAGACUCAGACAGUUCAAAUCGAAACUUGAAGCCAGCCAUAACAAAGACAGCAAGUUUUGGUGGAAUAACCGUUCUGACAAGAGGAGAUAGCUCAUCAAGUAACAGAAGUACCGGCAAACUGUCUAAAACAGGUAGCUCAGAGUCUUCCAGCAGCGCUGGCUCCUCAGGAUCCUUGUCACGACUACAUCAGCCUCUCCAAAGUGCACCUCUUGUCCCUGGAGUGACCGCCAGCUCUUCGGGCAGUGUGUCCUACGCCGAGAAUGGGAUGAGUGGCCAGGUAGCACCCAGCAACACCAGCUAUAUCAUUCUUCCACUUGAAGCUGCAGGGAUACCGCCUGGCAGUAUCCUUCUCAACCCGCACACAGGCCAACCGUUUGUAAAUCCUGAUGGGACGCCGGCAAUAUACAAUCCUCCCAGCGGCCAGCAGACAAUGAGGAGCCAGAUGGUUGGACAGUCCCAGCAGCAGCCUUCAUCCCAACAGCCUCAGCAGGUUCAGCAGCCACAGCAGCAAAUUGCAAGUCACCUGGUCACACAGCCUGUUCAGGCAAUGCAGCCAUCUUCUCAGUCAGUCCAAUAUCCAGCAGUUUCUUAUCCUCCCCAGCAUCUCCUGCCAGUCUCUCCAACGCAGCAGUUUUCUGUGCGAGAUGACAUGACAACACAAUUUAACCAGAUGAGCUUAAGUCGUCAAUCAUCAGGAGACAACCCUGAAUCGCCUUCCGGUCCUGUCUACCCAUCACCGAUUUUGCAGCAGCCAGCCCAGCAGCCGGGUUACAUCAUGGCCUCGCCGAGCCAGCAGCUCCCUGCAGGCAGCUUCACAGGCUCGGGACCACCGGUGUCCCAGCAAGUGCUGCAGCCUCCGCCACCCCAGGGCUACGUGCAGCAGCCACCACCCACUCAGAUGCCAGUGUAUUAUUACACAUCUGGUCAGUACCCUACCUCAGCAACUCAGCAGUACAGACCCAUUGCCUCAGUUCAGUACAAUGCACAGCGGAGUCAACAAAUACCACAGACUGCACAGCAAGCAGUUUUGCCAGUACUUUGGGAUGGACCAACUCAGAGCUUUUGGCAAAUAAGUUAUCAGCCUAUCUUGCCUAAUCAGCAGCAGGGGUUCCAGGGUCUCAUGGGAAUGCAGCAGCCUCCCCAAAGCCAGAGCCUGAUGAAUAAUCAACAGGGAAAUCAGGUGCAAGGCAUGAUGGUGCAGUAUCCAGCCAUGUCGUCUUAUCAGGUGCCAAUGACCCAGGGUUCUCAAGGAUUGCCACAACAAUCAUAUCAACAACCAAUCAUGCUACCUAAUCAAUCAGGUCAAGGAACACUUACAGCCACUGGAAUGCCUGUUUACUGUAAUGUCAUACCUCCUGCCCCACAGAACAACCUACGAUUGCUUGCCCCACACUGCCCCUCCAAUAACGUUCCAGUUAUUUCUGCCAACUGCAGGACAAACUGUGCAAGCAUUAACAAUGCAGGGUGGCAGGUCAAGUACUGACACUGUGGCUUAGUGUGGAUAUACAAAGGAUAGCAGUGCUUUAUUUGACAAAUAACUCAUGGCCUUCAAAUGAAGAGGAACACAACAGGAUAAUCAGUUGAGGACAUAAGUACUGACUAUGCUCAAGUGAUUUGCUGCUGGAAAAAUCUGUAAAAAAAUAAAGUUAAUUUUGAAAAAAUGUUUGCUGGUUAAUGGUGCAUAUUUUGUCAUGUCUGCUAGGUAUGCCUUUAUAGCUUAGCUAGUGACAUGAAUUCACUGAGGUAAGAUUUUUUCCUACCACUGAACACCACUGUGUAGAUUGUAAUAUCCCUGAUUCGGAUUAGUUUUGUACUUUGUGUUGAGUUUGUGAAGCUAAAAGUAUUUAAAAAUAUAAUAAAAUCACAUUGUACCAAAGCUGUAAUGGAAAUUAAAAAACAAAAAACAAAAAAAGAAUUACUGAAUGGAAGGAAUAAUUUAUAUACACUAUAGAGUUUUUUUAUGGAUAUAUACUGUAUUGUAGUGUUUAAUCACAAUAAAGCUAUUUGACCUCAUGGAGAAAGGUCAUGUUUCUA